CCGAGACGGUUCAUGCACGCAGCGUAGGAGCUAAACACGUUACCACAAGCAAAAAGCUGAUUGCUGCAAAACUCGUGUGCGUAAAAAUUUGGCGCGUACAGGCGAAAGUCGAGCUACAUAAAAAAGCAGAAGAAAAUCUAUAUAAAGUUUUUUUGUGCCAAAAUAAAUGAAAAAUGUUAUAAAUUGAGGGCCAGACGCAGUUAGGGACCCAAAAAGAAAUAAAUUUAUAAUAUAUAGUGCUUAAGAGCCUAAGGAGCCAAGUGUAUUUGUGCUAAUAAAGUGAUGGCUGCCACGCCUACUAUUGUGUUUGAAAACGGCACCAUGCUGGGAGCCAUGAACGAGCACAGGAAACAACAGCCGCCGCCACCAAUUUCGACAUUUGUCAUACCGGAAAUUGUGAUUAGCGCCAGUCAGAGCAGCAACAGCCUCCAUCGGAGUCGCCAUGACAUUGAUGCAGCGCAUCCGAAUGGAAAUGAGGAAAUGUCUGCCGAAUGCACAGCGCUGUUAGAGCAACAGCAGCAUCAGCAUCGGCAGCAAUGCGGCCUCUCUAUGGAGGAGGAUAACGAAUUUGAGCAGUUCAUCUUGAAUCGCACCACAUCCGAGAGCAACAUGCUCGAGUCGAGCAUCUACAGUGAGCUGCAAUUCACUUCCACUGCAGCUGGAGCUGCUGCACCACCCGCAACUGCAGCGCUUAACACGAGCGCCUGCUCUCGUUCCGACUCCCGCCAGAGCAAGCGCACGCGCCGCAAGUCCCACAGCAAGAGCAACAACAAAGGCAAAUGCAACAGCAAUCCCGUUGCAGUCGCAGGCGCUGGCGCCACAGUUGCUGCCAACGGAGCGCCACCUGUUGGCAGCUACCCGCCACAAUAUACGACCAUCUUCCUGGACCAUCAUCAUCAUCAUGCGGCAGCCGCCAAUGCCAUGGCCAAUGCGGCGGCCACUUCACCCUUUCUCAAUGCGAAUCCCGAGCUGCAAUAUCAUCAAUACUAUCAGCAGCGACCCAUAGGCCUGACCCAUCCGCAUGGUCAUCAUCAUCUACGCAGAACGCUCUUGGACGUGGCUGUACCGCUGGCCGGUGGCAGCGGCGAUGUGGCCAACACUAUGGCCAGCACCAACCUGAACAUGUCCGCUAUGGCAGCUGGUGUGGCGGACAGCGCUGAGCUGGGCGGCGCUCCGCUGGGCUACAGUUUUCGCAAAUGGUUCGCGCGACCCUCGCUGCCCUUUGUCAUUGGCAUCUUUGCGCUGGGCGGCGUCGCCUGCACGCUGGGCGGCAUUGUGCUGGGCUCGACGGGUCUGAUUGAGCACUCGACACAGUACUUGAGCGCUGCGCUGCUGAUGAUUGGCAUUGGCGUCUCCCUGCUGGUCAUUUCGGGCGCCAUUUGGCGUCUCAGUCUGCCCGACGAUGUGGACGAUUGCCCCUGCUUCCGACGCAUGGAGACCUGCCGGAACUGCAACAGUCCGCACUGCACGAAUCGCUUGCUUCCGGGCAGCUAUCUCUAUCCAGAGUUUCAGCAUCGGCCGCCGCCGCCCUCGUAUUUGACCUCGCUGAACGAGUACGCCUUCGUCUAUCAUCCCAGCGCCCAUCCACAGGCAGCGUAUGCUGCAGUGCGCAUGAAUACCCCGCCGCCGCUCUAUCGCUCCACCUACUCCUUGAACACUUCAGCCUCACAUAUGCUAUCCGCUGGCCUGUCCUUGCCGCCCACCAGCGAACAAGUCCUGGAGGAGCCUGUGACGCGCGAGGCCAUUAGCCAAACGUCUUUCAAGCAGCUGGAGAUCGUCGAGCUGCACGAGGAGCAGGCGGCAAUGCCGCUCACGCGCGAAGCCGAAAGCCAAACGCUCUUCAAGGAGGUGGAACUCGAUUAGAACUCCAAACUUCGAAACGAAUCUCUCUUCGUGUGUCUCCUCAAUCUUGACUGAUUUUUAUCAUAUACAAACUAUCUAUAUAUAUACACCUCCUACACAUACAUAUUCAGAUCUGCGU